AUGACUCAAGGGCUUGUGGUUGAUGGGGGUGGGGAAAGGAAAGGAAUUCCUGGAAUUGUAGGAAUUGUAGUAGGAAUUGUGGGAAUUGUAGUUGGAAUGUUUGUGGGAAUUGAGGGAAGUCCUGUAGUAGCAGGCAAUGGAGGUAAUGUCACCUUUGGUAGUGUUGUGGGCAGUGUGGGGAGUGCUGUCGGAAUAUUUGGCAAAGGUGGCAUUACAACUGUGGGCUUGGGCAGAGUUGGGGCUGUUGGCAAUGUUGGGAGUGCAGUUGGCAAUGGUGGCAAUGUGGCUUUUGGCAGCGUCGGCAUUGCGGGCAAUGGAGGAAUAGCUCCCGGCUUUAGAAGAGAUGGAAUUGUGGGCAGUGUUGGCGCUGGUGGUGGUGCAGCCGCUGGUUCAGGAGUGUCUAGCAGACGACGAGCGGCGAAGCUUGUGUCAAUGCCUAACAUUGACAAUGUCAUGAUCAAAGUAAGAAUGAGGCAUUGCUUAGAGGUAGCCAUUGUUUAA